CAAUGGUUCUUGAAACUCAUUCCAGGUACUUUCCCCUGUAACAGAUCCUACUUCAAUAUCCCCAUAGCAAGUGGACAACCUUAUACCAGCAAAGCUACUUUGAAUUUCGUUAUCCUCUCUCUUCUCACUCCAUCCCCUCUCACAUUUUUUUUUUGUUAUCUGUGAGCAAAUCUGUCCCUUCACUAUAAACAGUGGCUCCGAAUUUAUAAACCUUGAUCAAUGGGGGAAGGUUUUAUUCCUACUCUAAUCCCAAACAGCCCAACUCUCUGGACAGAGCACUAUUCCCUGAGCUAGAGGGGGAGAUCCCAACUGCUGCUACUGCUUCUUGCAUCAGGCGAAGACCAGGUACCCCAAGGAAAAUGGUUCUCUUCUGCUGGGCAUUUCUCAUUUUCUGUGAGUGGUUCCUGCAAAAGACACAAUGCUUAGAAGGUCACAUGUCAAAAACCUUGGGAUAUCUUGACUUUGGGGCAACUGGAAUGCCAAAGAAUGGACCAUAUGGCACAACCAAGCCUCAUUCCCUUUAUCCAUCCAGAGUCUUUUCUACAGACCCAUUCAAAUCAAAGCCCCCUAUUCAGUCUCCUAUGAAUCCAUGGGAAUGGAAUAAAAACCAAACACUUCUAAGCGGGGGAAUGGGCCAGAGAGCUAAACGUAAGCCUUCACUGAAGAGCGGAAGAACCAAGAAGAUAUUUGGCUGGGGGGACUUCUAUUUUAACAUAAAAACUGUCAAGUUUAGCCUGCUUGUGACAGGGAAGAUUGUGGACCAUAUUAAUGGGACGUUUAGUGUUUACUUCCGCCAUAAUUCCUCUAGCCUUGGCAAUGUGUCUGUAAGCAUUGUACCUCCUACCAAGGUGGUAGAAUUCGACCUUCUUCAACAGUCUACCUUAGAUACUAGAGAAACCAAGACUUUCAAUUGUAGGGUGGAAUAUGAAAAAACCAACAGAGCCUUGAAGAACAAACCAUGCCUUUAUGACCCCGCAAAAUCCUGCUAUAUGGAGCACACUCAAAGUCAUGCUGCUUGGCUGUGUGCUAAACCCUUCAAGGUUAUCUGCAUCUUUAUCUCCUUCUACAGCAUUGACUACAAGCUGGUGCAGAAGGUGUGCCCGGAUUACAACUUCCAGAAUGAGAAUCCCUACUUUGGUUGAUUCACAAACUGACAAGGAGGCCAGCAAGCAGCUUUGUACAGAAGUGGAUAGGCAGAUUUUAGUAAGGUCUUACUACUACUACUACUAUAAAGUGAUAAUUUUUCCAGAUCUACCCUUAUCAAGAAUUGCACCAUCUGGUAGGAGUCUCAAAACUCUUACAAAUGGAUUUGAAAACUGCAACUUGAGUUAACCCAAAAUACAUAAUAGCUUUACACUUACUGAGUGGUACAAAGAUAAUGAACAACAACGUCAGCGCUGGACAAAACCCGGGAGAAAAUACUUUGUUUUUAGGAAGCAUUAAAGCAUUGUCUAUAUGGUAACACUUCAUGGGAUUAACAUAUCAUGUUUUCUAUUUGAAAAUCAUUUCUAACAGAAAAUUAAAAUGAUUUAGUCACCAUGCAGAUCAUACUAAGCUUUCUAAAGCAAUUUCAAGCAGUUGCUGUUUCGGUUAUCUACCUCCACAAAUCCAUGACCGUCAUAUUAAUCUCAAGUGAAGCAUUUAACUGAGAUAUAGAAAAUGUGAAAAAUGUUGUAUAUUUAAAUUAAUGCAUUUUCUAAUCUUUUAGUUUGAAAGAAAAAACACAUUCCUGCAAGCAAGAGAGUAAAUGUUUUAGCAAAGAUUCACAAAUAUAUUUUUUCAGA